AGGAGGCGGGGCCAAGGCCGGGGCCUGACUAAACCUGAAGAUUCGGGUGGCCGAGGGGCUUCUUCUCAGCUGAGGACCGAAAAGACGCUGGCAGCCGCGGAUCUCACCGCCGCUCAGGGCCAACAAAUGAAUGCAGCCUUCAGGCCUCAAAUUUGUAACUUCUGACCUACAUGUACAAAUAUUAUCUUCUUAAGCAUCUGGAGAAAGUAAGGCAAUAAUCUUCAAGGCUGAAAAGCUAGACAGUUUUUAGAACUUCAGCUAUCAAAAUGGGCAGAAUUUUCCUUGAUCAUAUCGGUGGUACCCGUCUGUUUUCUUGUGCAAACUGCGAUACGAUCCUGACCAACCGCUCAGAACUCAUCUCCACUCGGUUCACAGGCGCCACUGGCAGAGCAUUUCUUUUUAACAAGGUGGUCAACCUGCAGUACAGUGAAGUUCAGGAUCGGGUCAUGCUCACUGGUCGUCACAUGGUUCGAGACGUGAGCUGCAAAAACUGCAAUAGCAAGCUGGGAUGGAUCUAUGAGUUUGCCACUGAAGACAGCCAGCGCUAUAAGGAGGGCCGUGUGAUCCUGGAGCGGGCACUAGUUCGAGAGAGUGAGGGCUUUGAGGAGCAUGUACCAUCUGAUAACUCUUGAAGAAAAAGAGAUCAGUCCAUCUUCUCCCAGGUCUCCUUCACUGAAAACAAAAAUCUACUUACAUACACUGUCACCUUAGCAUCAGAGUCGGAUUCAUGAACUGCGGAACAAGAAGUUGUGAGAAUCUAAGAUGGAACCUUUCUUUGUUUCUUUUUUUUUUUUUAAUUUUGUAUUUUCCAUCCAACAGCAGUGUGUAGAGAGUAUUAUGCAGAUGCAGUGAAUUUUCCCCCUGUGUUUACAUCUUGAGGCAGAAGAGUUUUUCUGCAGCUACAAGGUGGGCAAUGUGAGGAAAAAGUCUGGGCUGUUAGAGAAAGUGGUUUUUUGUGUUUUGGAAGGAAAAUAUGUCAAGAGCAUGGUUUUUAAACUUAUUUGGCUUCAUUUUAAAACUUUUUUUUUGAAAAAAAAAAAUCAGUUAUUUCAUUUGAUUUGCUAGCUUCAGAGAAGAGAUCCGAAUCUGUGCCCAGCGCUAAAGGCUCAGUGUUAGCAUGGCUUGUGCUGGCCAGUGUGCCAUAUUCUUGUUGGAGAUGAACCGUAGCACCAGAGCCCAUUCUUCCCUGUCAGUCUUGACCGUUCUUCAUGACUUGUCAGCACGUAACUGGUGUUGAUUGGAAACUUCUGAAACGGGGCAGAGUUGCUUGGUUGUCUUUUUCCAUGUAACUUAAGCAUAGUAAUAUAAAUAAAGUAAUAGUUGGAUGUUA